UACUUGUUGCCUGGUUACUUUGGCGAAUUUCGCAUUUGUGGCUGGCUCCAGCACAAACUCUAAUUAAAUUCGACCGCUAAUUGAUUUCGAAUUACCGCAAAACAUUUAUUGUUCGAUUGCAAUAACAGCAAUGUAACGCUACUUUAUUUAUUUUCGCCGAUAAUUGACGCGUUUCGUCACGAUUUAGCAAACGGGUUAUAACAAAACCGAGUGAGUUGAAUCAAUAAUUUAAAAAUUCAAAAACGACGGCCUUUGUCAUUAGCGCCCUCAAAAACGCUAUUAUUGAUUCGGGCGAGGAGUAAAUGUCAGGCCGCAUUUUUGAGUUGCAUCAAUGGUCGAUGAACUGCUAUUUUUAAAACAAUUAUUUUAGUGACACACUUAUGUAGUAGGACAGAAACGAGUUUAGCACAUUUUUAACAAAUUCCUUCAAAACAAUGGGAUAAAUAACUGUUUUUCUGAUAAUUACUAUUCGCUGGGAUUUACCUUGAAUACGAGUAGUUUGUUAAAUAAAUGCACUAAGAGAUCCGUGUUUGUUGCAUUUGCGAGAACAAUUACUUUCUGUUUUUGGUGAUGUAAACAGGAGAAAGUUUUGCUCCAAUGAUUAAACGACAUUUGUCGAUUACUAUUAUUAGACUGUGUGUUUGCCGAAGAUUAGUAAUAAGUCGCGAUUUUAACACUUGCUGAUUUACUUGAUAAACACAAUGAUUAGACGUAUCACGAGAUUACAUUAACGAAAAUUAACACAAUCCUGAUGCAAAAAGAUGAAAUAUUAUCCCAAUGUCGGGGAAGAUUCAUUUCUAAUUCCCAAACGACUCGUUUGAUAUCAUGUUUCUAAAGGUUCUGUUCUUUAUUGUCCCAAGUACCAUUAUUUAUCUCGAUCUGUUUUCAGCAGAUAUGACUUGACUGUUCAUUCAUUUUUACGAUGGCUUUUAUCACCUCCCAACAUUCGUUUUAAUUUAUUGAAGUGCUUAAUUCGUAAACAAACCGUCCCUAUUUAACAAAACGCAUUUUCUUUAUUAUUAUCGGUUCAAGCGAAACAGAUUGUGUGCAAGAGCUACGACCGAUUAAUCUUCUGUAAACAAGGUUCUAAAACCAUCCGAAUUUUUAGUAGCCUUGAACGUAAACCGUGGUUUCACAGAAGAAACGAUCGGAAAUUUCCAAAUUGUUACACUUUCCGCUAAAUCUGAAUGAAUGCGAUCAAGGCCAGGUUUUGUUUUGGGUGGUUGGCCAAUCUGUUCUCUCUUAGGUCCACUUUUGUUAAUUUUUGGCUUUUUCGGGUGGCAACAAAAUGUGGGCGUGACGGUUAGCAGGUCCCAUUAUCGGCAUUCUAAAUGGCCGUAAAAGUGUUAUCAAUGUUCCAAUAAUUAUGCUUAUUGCGCCAGUGUUACGUUCUGCCAACGGAGAUGGUAGCUUAAGCCGCCAAAAUGUCGGAGACCGCUGAUAGUGAAGGAGAUUUAAUCGAUCUUGGAUCACCGGUUCUACCUCGAAUUCCUCCAUUUCCCAGCCAAACCCCGGAAGAAAUCUCCGACAAUCUCCUCGACUCCGAACUGCCCGUCCUCGAGCAGAAACUCCAAACUAGCGCCAAGUCAAACGCCACUGAAGUCCGAAGACACAGCAUAGACGUGGAGGACAUCCUCAUCACCAUAGAUGACGACAGUGAGCGCCCGUUGUCCCGCUUCGGCUCCGUCAGACGCAGCCACAGUGAAGCCCUCCUCCACCAGCCCAGGAACCACCUGGACAAGUCCUGGUCCUGCGACAACCUCGAAGCCUUGACGAUCCUCCAGAACCUGGACGAGGUCCUGAACGCGUCCCUCCUGGAGUCCGACCACAUCCUCAAUGACCAAGACUCCGUCACGGAUGACCAAACACAGGAAACAAUCGAGGCUUGUCUGCUAGAUUUAGACAAUUAUCUCCAAGCCUUCGAUUCAAAUUCAUCGAAUUGUGUCGAAGAUCGCUCGAGUGUGAGAAGUAGUGCAAGUUCGCUGCGUUCGGAUUCCACCGAUGAGGCCGAUUUGAGGAACAGAUUGAGGCUGAUGGAGGAGAACUAUGCCCGCUUUUUGGCCGCAGGGUGUGUUAAUAGGGCGUUUGUUGACACCGAGACGGACGGGAGGACGCAGAGGAGGCCGCUGAGUGCCUGUGAUGGACGCACUGAAGCGCUGGAACGGAACCAUCCGGCCAGAGCCACGCUGGCGGUGGUCAAGAGGGAGCGCCCGGGAAACACGAGCGCACCACCCUCGCCCCACCGGACAUCCGGUGCAGGUGAUUCCGACGACGACAUCGACUGGAGCUGGCUGCAGGAAGCCGCCCGUGGCGUAACCUCCGAACGGCGCGCACACGCCGCCGGUGACUGCUGUACCGGAACCGUGGUCGUGGAGCCCCCCCAAAGAGCCACUUCUUCUUCAGAAGCGCCGAAACCCAGCACCACGUGGUUGCGCUCUUCUAUGCGGCGUCUGCGACACUUCCGUCUGCCGAGCGAUGGGGAAAACGCGCCCAUGGAAGCGCCCAGAGUAGAGCCGGUGCCGGAGGUGGUGCGGCCCGUGAGUGCGCCCUCCAGGCUUGUGCCGCGGGAGGCUAGUGCAGUGUCGCAGCAGCCGGCCGGGAGGGCCAGCUCGGCCUCCAGGAGCUUGUCUUCGAGUGUGAGCAGCUUGGCGUCCACGGUGGACACCUCCCACAGCUGCACGCCCGCACCGACCCCCACGCGCAACCAGCAGGAACAGAACGGCACCAGGAGAUCAUGUGAGAGGCCGCGGGCCAGCGACAUGCCGGAGUCCGAGAGCCCUUUGGGGCAGUGGCCCCACAGUCUGAGUUCGAUGAUGGCCUGUCUGGGGUGCACUUUGGGCCUUUUCAACAUUUCGCGCUUCGCGAUUUUGACUGUUCACUUCGGCGCUAAUUUCAUUUUCCAAUUCGUUAUCCUGUCACUAGUCUUCGGUUUGCCGCUUUUCACCCUGCAGUUGUGUCUCGGCCAGCAGUUGGGGGCCGGGGUUAUAGACAUGUGGCGGAUAUCGCCCCUGUUUCAGGGGGUCGGGGUGGCCCUCCUGAUCGCCCAGGCCCUCCUCGGGCUGUACAGCAUAAUUGGCGUUUCGUGGAUGUUUGUCUUUUUCCGCGACUCGUUCAUCACCAAAGUGGACAAGUAUCGGUGGGCCGAGCCGUUCAUUUACUACAGAACUGACGUCCAACCGCCCGUCAACGGGACGUACAAACUCACAGAGACGAUUCCCGACUACUUCAGCGGGAUCGUCCUCCAGAGACACCAUUUAGCGGCCGGGAGCUCGUACGGAACAAUCAAAUUUCAACUCGCUUUCAACUUGGCUGUUGUCUGGAUGAUUGUUUUCGUCUCCCUGAGCAAAGGACUGCGAUCUUACGGCAAAGUGAUUUACGUGUUCACACUGUUGCCCGUCUUUGGUACUUUUGUCUUGUGUGCCAAAAUUCUAGGCCUAAUGCCGACUGAUUACGAUAGCUUUACUUUCCCUGAAACCUCCUGGAACGAAUUCUUCCUUAAUCCAAAGAGUUGGCUAGCGGCGGCACAGGAAACCUUCCUCACCUGGGGGAUUCUCGGAGCUGCAGUCAUGCAAAUUGCAUCACACAACAAGCACAAACAUUUGCUUCAAAGAGAUUCUAGUCUUGUAGCUGUAAUUACCUUCACGAUCCUGAUACUUAUGGGGUUUUUGGCCAACAGAUGCGUCGAAAUUUUACGCACGUUUAGCUACAACUACUUACCUGAUUCUUUCGAAAGAAUUAACUCUUACACGUUCCUCGAAUCAACAAGGGAUCGAGUACCUCCGAAAUAUUCCAACACUCCGGUCAAAUAUAUGGUGCACAAUUCGUUCUUUUUGGGGGAGAAAGUGUUACGGCCGGGGGCCGACAGUAGCGUGGAAAGUGGUUACCAGGCUCUCCGACUCGCCACUGAACUCCUACCGGCCACUUUUGCCGUCUUGGGGGCCGAAAAAAUGUCACCUUUCUGGGCUGUGCUGUUCUAUUUUAUCCUAAUUUUGUUCGGUAUAGCCCAACAGUUGGCAAUAUGGCACUGUGUGAUAACCGGAAUCAUGGCCAUUAAAGCAAAAAUACUGAAAUCGUGGGAAACCACAAUCACACUUUUCAGCUGCAUUUGUGGCUUCAUUCUUGGACUUCCGAUGGCCACUGAGUUUGGGAUAUACGUGGUCUUUUUUAUGGACUACACAGUGGGCGGGCUUUGGUGGCUCAUUGUAAUCAUUCUCCUGCAAAUCGUUGCGGUUUUUAUGGUGCGGGGGCGCCCCUACAGCGGGGACACCGUUGUUACGGCACUGUUCACACCUAAUAAUCACCCGUGUGUUUUAAGCUGGGCCCCCGCCUUGCUUUCCUUCACCUGGAACGUCAUUCUACCAGUGGCUUUAAUGGUCUUGUGUAUCAGUACUGUGAGGAAUGGUAACUUUCGGGACAUUUUUGUGUGGCACCAUGCCCCAGUCCCGGAAUACUGGCCUUUGUGGGCCCGCCAGCUCGGCUCAAUGUUACAGCUAGUACCAAUCCUCCUUGUUCCUCUAGUGGCCGUAAUUCAGAGUUAUAGGUACCUCAGCAGUGGCCCCACGGACAUUUUGGAGGAGUACGAAGAACAGUCCAGUCAUCGGAUCCAGUUGUUGUACAGGCCGCCCAUAGGCGAGCACAUGACUGAUUUGGCCGUUCAUGAGGCCGUGAUUGCUAACAACAAUGCGAACAACUCUUCGCCUAGUAAUGCAGGGGUGACGGAAGACCCGCCCCCGAAAUACACGCCGCCGCCGUCGUACACCACGGCAACGGGGGCCCGACUUGCCAAGUUUUUGCGGCAGAGUAUCAGAAGGUCGGUUCGGAGGCUUGCCAAUGUCCUGGGGGAGAGCAGCACGGCACGGCAGAGGGCCAACUUGCCGCAGACGCAACCGCCGCCCCCUGACUACAACGCAGUUCUAGUCGAAAUGAGUCAAACGAAUAGUACUGAUGUUUCGAUUUCCGUUCCUGAUUCCAGUACUAGGAUUUCGACGCUGGAACGGCUGAGGAACAUUCAGCCGACUCCCGGAUCUCCGACUCUCACAGCGGCGGAAGUCGCCUCAAUACUUAGGAGCAGCUUCCGGAGGAGCAACAUCAGAAGAAAUAAUAAUUUCCCCGAUGACAGUGUCGCUUCCCUCAGUGCGGAAAAUUUGGUGGAUUCGGCGGCACCCAUCGGGGAAACAUCGCUGGUUUUAGAUCACUUGCCCCAAGAUACUGUCAAACGUGAAUCUAACUCAUCUGUGAUAUAAGUUAUUGUUUCGAUUUAAUGCCGGCACCCUUAUUUAAGUCUUUCGGCAAGUCCAAGAGACGUUUUUUACUUUUAUAACCAACUUCAUUAUUAUAUAAUGUAAAGAACUGAUACAUAGAAUGUACAAAAAAAUAAACGGAUCUAAUUUAAAAA